CGCAAGGUCACUGGUCAUGCUCGCCUGCAAACCUUUCAAUCUCCUUUUCAACCUUACAUUUGCCUGACAAAAAAAUGGAAAUGACGAGACUGUCAGUCGGGCAAAUGUCAGAUCCAUUCACUGAUCGUGUCUCGAAUGGUUGUUCUGCAUCACCUCAAGGUCAACUCGCUCUACAGCCUCGUCUCAAGCAAUUCGAGCAACCCGCUGACAAAAGUUGUAAGACGCCAUCAAUCUCUGAAAUUAUGCAUCCUGACUUCUUAGACUUCGAAAUGCCCCAAAGUUAUGCCCCAAACCCAUUCGUUGAAGAUCUGGACAGGAGAUUCCCUCGAAUCGCCGUCAGCCCCAGCAUGUUGUAUGCAUACUCUCUCACACAAGCCAAGGACACUGUACAAAAUGAUCCCUUACACUCUGCACUCUAUGCUCACCCAAGUCGGAGUUUUGACGACCAACGCCGAUUGCAAUUAGAGCUGGUCUCAAGACGCCAUUCCAUCCAAUCGUAAGGCUCUUCACCUUAUCUUGCUUCGCUAACUAGACAAGGCUACCAAAAUGCACUACCUUCUUCUGGGAUCCUAUCGACGAACAGCCACGAGUUGAGAUGCCAUCCGUACCAUUCGACCCCUUUAAGUUACUACCUUCGAACAUCACAUUGAAGGAGCAUCUUCGUCAAUUCCCUCCGUGUGUUGGAACCAAUCACUUCAAAGGCAAUAUGGUUUGGUCAAACUUUGGAUAUAUCAAGAUUCGUGGUCGAUGGGUUGAUCCAGACUGUGAAGGUGCUGUUGCAGAUGCGUACAAUGCUUAUGAGAGUGGCGACGAUGAAGCUCCUUACCUUGCUGACCUGCAGAAGCGUCCUGACACAGGCCCACGAAUAAUGAGUCUUGAGGAACAAGAUGAGUUCUACAGUCAAUACACCGAAGAAGUGUCUGAUGAAGGGGAUGGAGAAGGUGAUCCUCGGCUCUACCGCAUCACUCCGGCUACAUUCGCUCGAUGGGCUGUUGGUAGUGGGACUGGAGAGAGAUAUGAAGAGAAGGCAUUCAUGCCAGCUCCAAAGCUUCCUUCACCAGACCCUCGGUAUGAGGCAGAGAUCAUAAUCAAGCCUCGCCCUCAGUUGCAGUACGAUAUGGAAACAGGAAGUGUUCUCUCUGGCUUCUAUGAGACUGACCCACAUCCUCGAGUCCUACAUACUCCUCAAGGUCAGUUGUUUGCAAUGUUCAAAGCUGCUUCUGACAAGUCCAGGUGUCAACGUUGUCAGACCGCCCGCUGUAUUUUCCUACAGUUAUCCCCAAACAGCAAUCGAUCUCGACCUUCGAGCCUUCAACAACGGCCAAAUUGUCAGCCCCCAGCCCAGCAUUGCCUCAACUCCCGAAGUCUUUAAUUCUGUAAGUCUUCACUUGCAAUUUCCCUUCACUGCUAACCUCCCAGGAAAACGGCAUCCUCAACAUCGCACCCAAACUCGGCGAUUACCAUACCGGAGAGCAAAUUUAUGAAGGCACCCGCUCCAAAAUCGAAACCCUCCGCUAUGAUCUCGAGCACUCCACCGUCGAACUCUUCUUCAAAGCCGACGCCGCAAAAGUCACAGCAGAACAACGCAUCCAACUCGGCCGCGAAGUCUUCUUCCUUAAAGACCGCCUCUCAUCCCGACCUCCUCCGCGGGACAUCUCCACCCACCGACGACUUCCCAAACAGCCAAUUCGACGGCUCGUACUCUCCGCGCUCGCCUCCUCAGCCAAAACAGAGAAGACGUACUCAGUAUCAGCGGUACCUGCGUGAAGAGAUUGAGAGGGAGGAGACGGCUGUUAACAAGACGAAGCAGUUUCAGAAGAGAAUCGAUGA